UUACCAAUAUAAAGCCUUUCAGCUGUUCAGUUUGUAAGAAAUGUUUUUCAUGGAGCAGAUAUUUACGUAUACACAUGAAAAUUCACACAGGUGAGAAACCGUUUAGCUGCUUAGUGUGUCAUAAACGCUAUGGAAAAAAGAGUAUUCUGCAGUUGCACAUGAGAACUCACACAGGAGUUAAACCAUUCAGCUGCUCGGUGUGUGAUAAAAGCUUCAGUCAAAAGAGUCAUCUGCAGGGUCACAUGUUUACUCAUACAGGUACGAAACCUUUCAGCUGCUCAGUGUGUGAUAAAAGCUUUGGAUAUAAGCAUUGUCUGCAGUUACACAUGAGAACUCACACAGGUGAGAAACCAUUCAGCUGCACAGUGUGUGCUAAAAGCUUUGGACAUAAGUCUAAUCUGCAGUUGCACAUGAGAACUCAUACAGAUAAGAAACCUUUCAGCUGCUCAGUGUGUGAUAAAUGCUUCAGUCAAAACAGUCAUCUGCAGGCUCACAUGAAGACUCAUACAGGUGAGAAACCGUUCAGCUGCUCAGUGUGUGAUAAAAGCUUCGGUUUAAAGAAGCAUCUGCAGGGUCACAUGACGACUCAUACAGGUGAGAAACCGUUCAGCUGCUCAGUGUGUGAUAAAAGCUUCAGUCUAAAGAGUCAUCUGCAGGGUCACAUGAAGACUCAUACAGGUGAGAAACUGUUCAGCUGCUCAGCGUGUGAUAAAAGCUUCAGUCAUAAGAGUGCUCUGCAGACACAUGUGAGAAGUCAUACUGGUGAGAAACCAUUCAGCUGCUCAGUGUGCGAUAAAAGCUUUGGAUAUAAGAAUACUCUGCAGUUACACAUGAGAAUUCACACAGGUGAGAAACCAUUCAGCUGCUCAGUGUGUAGUAAAAGCUUCAGUGUAAAGACAAAUCUGCAGUUACACAUGAGAACUCACACUGGUGAGAAACCGUUCAGCUGCUCAGUGUGCAAUAAAAGCUUCAGUCAAAAGAGUACUCUGCAGGAUCACAUGAAGACUCAUACAGGUGAGAAACCGUUCAGCUGCUCAGUGUGUAGUAAAAGCUUCAGUGUAAAGACUAAUCUGCAGUUACACAUGAGAACUCACACGGGCGAGAAACCGUUUAGCUGCUCAGUGUGCGAUAAAUGCUUUGGAUAUAAGAAUACUCUGCAGGAUCACAUGAAGAUUCAUACAAGAGAGAAACCUUUCAGCCUCUCAGUAUGCCAACAAACUUCAUUAAAAAGAGUACUCUAGAGGACCACAUGACAACUCACACAUUCAGCUCAGUCUGCAGUUAAAGCUUCUGUAUUAAAAGUACUAUGCAGAGACACAUGAGAACUCACACAAGAGAGCAGCAGGAAAUUAAGAAUCCUGUUCAGCUAUUACAGACUAGAAACUAGACUUUUUGAUCUGGUUUUAUUGUUGUGAUUUUGUUAUGGUUUAUGUUAGGUUACUGUGUUACUCAUGUUCUACACUGCUAUGGUGAUCUUAGUUAAAUGUUAUGUUGCACACAGAAACAGUCAACAUCAACAUCACCUCGGCCUUUAACACAACCACACACAGCAGAGAGAACCUUAAAACUCUGUUUGGUCUCUGCUGAACAAGCUCAACAUACAGUGCAACACACACUUUGUUAAUUGGUUUAGUGCAUUGUAGUUUGAUCAUAUUGUCUAUUUAUACUUUAUCUUUUUAAUAAAUGUUAUCAAAUAUACAUUCUGGUUUGUUAAAUAUUCCACAAACGUGAAGGAUACCAAACUCUAUGUUGAGCUACAAAUCCUUCAGCUGACUUAAUGUGAACAUGAUGAACUUAGUUAUACUUAUUGAACAAAUAAAUUAGUGAUUUAGAUUAAUUGUUUUGUAUAUUUUAUGAGUCUGACUCUUCAAUUAAUAGUUUUCCUUUAAGGGUGGUGUCCUUAGGAAUUUCUGAUAUAAUACGUAUAAGGAUAUUGAUCACUGUUAUUUUUUAUUUUCUUUGAUAAUUUUGAUAGCCAGAAUUAAUUGAUUGGUCCUACAAAGUUUGAUGAACCUUUAAAUCAUUUUAAUUACCACAAUGUGCAAAACUUGUUUUUUUUGUUUUUGGUGAAAAUGUUUUAUUCUUUGUCUGUUUAAUCAGUAGAAUGAUGAUGGUUGUAUUUUCUGUACUUUAUUUUGUCUUUGUUUUAUAUUAUAUUAUUUGUAUUAAGUUGAGAUAUUGAAGCGAAUAGAGAUAACACUUCUCCCAGAACUUCUUUGUAAAAGAUCUCAAGACUCAAAGCUCAGCUUUAUUUCUUUCAGGUUCAGUAUCAGUUCCCUUCCCUCAAGUUACAGCAACUAACUGUUUCAUAGUGACAGAUACAUUUGUAAAAAUUUGCCACAACACAACACACGUGAGAAAUAUAGAUGAUAAUGAUACAUUUUCACCAUUUCAUGUGUUUCUGAGCAAGUUGCAGUCUCCAAAAAUGUAAUAAUCUGGAAUAAAAAUUACUUCAGAUACAA